AACCGCAAGAAAACUAAGGACAACGUUCCAAGCUUCAUGGUCCCAUUGUCACGUUGACCCUUAAUCCGAAUUUUCCCUGUUAUAUACCAGUCAUAACAAUUAACAAGCUUCAUCGAGUGUUUUGACUUGGAUCAGUAGCAUAAAAGGGUUUGAGCAAAAUGGGUGUUGUGAAGGGUCUCUUAGCUUUAACUUUGGUUCUGAACGUGGUUGUGGUGUGUAAUGGAGGCACAAGCAGCUUCUUCGUUAGGAAAACCGAGAAAUCAAGGGAUAUGCCAAUUGACAGUGAUGUGUUUUCAGUUCCUCCUGGUUAUAAUGCUCCUCAGCAGGUUCAUAUAACGCAAGGUGACCUUGUGGGGAGGGGAAUGAUAGUGUCAUGGGUGACGAUGGAUGAACCGGGUUCGAGUGCAGUGCGAUACUGGAGUGAGAACAGUGGGAAGAAGAAGAUUGCAGAAGGAAAAUUUGUUACUUAUAGGUUCUUGUCAAAUUAUUCAUCUGGGUUUAUUCAUCACACCACCAUCAGAAAUUUGGAGUACAACACCAAAUACUACUAUGAAGUUGGACUUGGGAACACAACACGACAGUUUUGGUUUGUAACUCCACCAGAAAUUGGCCCUGAUGUACCAUAUACAUUUGGUCUCAUAGGGGAUCUUGGUCAGAGUUUGGAUUCAAAUUUGACGCUUUCUCACUAUGAAUCGAGUCCAAAAAAGGGACAAACUGUAUUGUUUGUUGGAGAUCUCUCUUAUGCGGAUCGGUACCCGAAUCAUGAUAAUGUGAGGUGGGAUACUUGGGGAAGGUUUACAGAAAGAAGUGUUGCAUAUCAACCAUGGAUUUGGACUGUGGGGAACCAUGAACUUGAUUUUUAUCCAGACCUUGGUGAAACCGUACCUUUCAAGCCUUUCACCCACCGUUACCAUGUUCCAUACAAAGCUUCUCAGAGCACUUCACCCUUCUGGUAUUCUAUCAAGAGAGCUUCAGCACACAUCAUUGUGUUGUCCUCAUAUUCAGCCUAUGGCAAAUAUACGCCACAAUAUACAUGGCUUGAAAAGGAGCUAAAGAAAGUUAACAGGACAGAGACUCCAUGGUUGAUUGUUCUCAUGCAUGCACCUUGGUACAACAGCUACAAUUAUCACUACAUGGAAGGGGAAACAAUGAGAGUAAUGUACGAAGCCUGGUUUGUGGAGAACAAGGUUGAUGUUGUGUUUGCUGGUCAUGUUCAUGCCUAUGAACGAUCUGAACGUGUUUCUAACAUUGCAUACAACGUUGUAAAUGGCAUUUGCACCCCUAUAAAAGAUCAAUCAGCUCCUGUAUAUAUCACUGUUGGUGAUGGAGGAAAUCUUGAAGGCUUAGCAACCAACAUGACAGAACCACAACCAGAGUAUUCUGCAUUCCGAGAAUCCAGUUUUGGACAUGCCGUAUUUGACAUAAAGAACCGAACCCAUGCUCACUACAGUUGGCACCGAAAUCAAGAUGGAGUUGCUGUGGAGGCUGAUUCCGUUUGGUUUUUCAACCGAUACUGGCACCCAGUUGAUGAUUCCACCGUUCAGGUUUCACAUUGAAGCGCAUAUUCACUGAUCUUUGUACAACAAUGCAUAAUUUGAUGUCAAUAAAUUCUUCAGUCGGUAACUAUUUGGUGGCAAAACCACCAACAUUGAUCUUCCAUGUCUAUGAAUCUCUGUCACAGUUGAUGAAUACAAAUUGCGAGCUUCUGUUCUGAAACUCUGUAUACUUUGAUCGUAACAGUUCGUGUCAAAUGCAUAAUGCAGUGUUCUUCUAAAUUCUCAUAAUGCAAAAGACUUAAAUAAAAGCAGCUUGAACUUGAAUUA